AUGGGAACCCAAGCCUUUAGAGGAGACUUCAGGGUGAACAGGUUGUCAGUCCAGGACGUGAUUCCUCUAAAGUGCUCUUCGCAGGAUGAGGAGGCCAAACCUGGUGCAGCCGCCGAGGUUGAGGAGAAGGUGAAGUCCGGCAAAUACAUCCCGCCGAGCAUGCAAGAGAGUGCUAACCGUCGCGGAGAGCCGAUGGCGCAGUCGCGCACCAGGGACGAGGUGACCACUAUCCGAGUGACCAACCUGUCUGAAGACGUGCGUAACUCUGACAUAUAUGAGUUGUUCCGGCCCUUCGGGCAGAUUGCCAAGGUCUAUCUGGCUAAGCACAAGAGGACUGGACAGUCCAAGGGAGUCGCAUUUAUCAAAUUUGUACAUCGCGAAGACGCUGCCCAAGCCAUUGCCAACGUCAACAACGGCUUUGGUUCUGACAACUUGACCCUCUCCGUGAAAUGGGCGAAGCCAUCUGGAACUGCUUGA